CAACUCCACAAACAUCGCGCUGACCGUUUCUCAGCCAAUGCCAGUCAUUCCAGCAAGGCGCAAAACACAUUCAAAAUCACGAAAGGGGUGCUUACAAUGUAAGAAGAGACAUACCAAGUGUAAUGAGGAGCAUCCACAAUGUGCGAACUGCAUUCGACUGGAGAUUACUUGCGAAUGGCCACCUCCGCGGGCAAGGGUUCAACAUGCUUCACCGCAAUCCACCGGUCUGGGACCAAGCCCUAUGUCUCGAGAGAACUCCUACAUCGGCAGCCCUCUCCCAACACCUUCGGUAGCAGCGCGCCCGACUUUUACUCUCGAAGACAUGCAAUUGCUACAUCACUGGACAACAAGAGUGUAUCUAUUUCACGACCCUACCAGCGACGACGAGAAAUGGGUAUGGAGUGAAGGUAUUGUAAACGUUGCUUUCCAGCAUCAGUUCCUCCUCCACGGAAUACUCGCUUUCUCAGCAUUGCAUAAGACGCUGGUCGAUUCGCAGGGAAAUCGUGCCAGCCUGCUUGCGCAAGCCGAUGCACACAUGUCUACAUCCCUUGCAACAUACCUGAGAUUGCUCGAGGAAAACGCUUUGGAAACCGUUGUUCCCUGUUUCCUCCUCUCUUCAAUCUGCUUCGCAUACAACCUUGCUACGGCCCAGGUCGAAGAGCCUGAGGAUCCUCUCGGUGCUAUUUUGCACUGCUUCCGUUUGCUUCGCGGAGUGAAAGUCGCCAUCGGCCAGCACUGGGAACAACUCCAGCAAAAUGAUAUCAUCGGAACGUUGCUUGGCCCAGUGCGUUUCGUUGGUCAGCUCCCAUUACCCGAGGAUACGGAGUGUACUCCCCUUCUUGAUCUGAAACUACUCGCGGAUCAAUUCGACACGCCCCAGAAGGGUAUAUGCUUGGAGGCUAUCGAAAACCUCCACAAGACAUUCGUCAAGACUACAUUGUGUUCUUCACUGAAGCAAGAGCACAGUAUAAUCAUGACGUGGCCAGCACUGCUAAGUACCGAGUUUCUGGAUCUGUGUCAAGCUCGCAACCAUGUCGGUGUUCUUAUCAUAACCUACUGGGCUGUGUUACUGGCACGAAACACAGGUGCUUGGUGGUUAAACGGCUGGUUGGUUCGACUGAUACAUGCUUGCGAGGAGCUGCUAGCACCAAUACCAGAGUUAAUGAAGUGGCUCGAUUGGCCCAUCGAGAUGUCAAAACAUCGUCCAGCUCGGCUUGCAACUUUGUGUUCUACACGUCCUUCACCCAUGGAGCUCACUCAUGCCGAUGGAACGACUCCCGUCAACACACCGCCUCCAAACACUCAUAAUACCACAGAGGCAUAUCAAGGCCCAGCUCAGCCCUAGCGGUCGAUAUCAGCCACCUCAAGCAUCGCCGAGCUCCGAUGAAAUGCGUAUCCGCACCACGUGCCCUCCCUCCUAUCUUGCCCUAGCUUAGGAUCAGGCGUGCACU